AUGUAUGGAAGAGACUAUACUCCUCCAUCAAGCCGCCGAUCACUGGCGCGUAUGGGGAGAGCAUCAAGCCAGAUAAUACAGAAAGAAGAAAUGUAUGCGCUUGUCGUAUUGCGCUCAGCAAGACAAUUAAAUAAAUAUAGCUACAAACAUCUCUCAUUAUCAGUUAAAAUUCACGAUGAACUCGAAGAAUUGAAGUCUAAUAUUGUAUAUUGUACAACAAAUCAAGUGGAUUUUCAAAUGGCAUACAUGAUUGACUUAUCAGAUUCCAAAAUCAUACCUAACCUAUCACAUUUCUAUUUGGAUAUCGCAUUAUAUACUAAUGAUCAAAGAGAAAAACAAGUAGCUAGCGCUUUCGCACAGUCAUCUAAGCAGAAAUCUCCAGGUUCUGUGAAUUAUAUAGCAAAUCAUGAAGAUAUUCGCUUUAUACGUUUAGGAAACAGUGCUCCUUGCGGAACUAUCAUGUCCACACUUUGUAUUGGAAGUCUAAAUAGUUUGCAAGUACUUGAACCAUCAAUUACUCCAAUAACUAUCAAAGCGACAGAUAUUAUGAUUAAAAAAUCAAUAAUUCAAGAAGAAGUACAUACUCCUAUGGUUCUAACAACAGAACAAAUACGAGAAAUCUGGCAAAAAAUUGCAAUUAAAAAUGGUUGGAAGCCGCCGAAAAAACUAAACUUAGAUAUUGAUACUUUCGAUAUAUUUGAUAAAGAACCUUGUCAAAAACCACGAAAUACAGAACAUCAUUCACAUUUCUUAGAUAUGAUGUAUCCAUAUCAAAAUAAUUUUCAUUUCGAAACUGUUUUUGAUAGGAUACCAAGUAAUGAAAUGGAAGAGAAUGAGUUGGACGCAUCUCUUUCAUUCAUUGGUCAAUUCGAUGAUGUUUCAUCGGAUUCUGACCAAGAAGAACCAAAAAUCGUAUUGACAAGGAAACUAGACCAGUUAAUACAAGAAUCUCAAAACUUUUUCGCUAAUUUAUUAUCAUCAAGCAGUGAUGGAGAAUAA